AUGAGGACUGCCGGUCACCGUCACCUAGCAAUGGCUCUUAUCCUUGCUUCUGCGGUCCUCGCAGUGUACGUGCAUGGGAGUCAGGAUACCGAGGAGCUUGACGGGCUGGCUGAUGGCGAUAGCCUGCGGAAAAGGGCAGUGACAGGAGGAAUCUGGGAGACCUUGUCUUAUCUUGCUUCUUUCUUCUCUGUGGGAGCACAGGAGCUGCGGCAGUACUAUGUCGCCUUCGAGCAUGAGGAGGCAAUGUUGCAGGCAGUGCAUGGCCUUGACGUUCGGCUCGGGCCCCGACUGGAUCACCAGACUCACAUGGUCAUAGCUAGUGAAAGGACUGCUCGCAGACUGCUCGCAUCCUCGCUGCAACGAUUGAAAGUGUCGGUUCGCCAGUUAGCCGAUGGGAGGACGGAUUACCACAUCAUCGACUCGCUCGUUGUCGUCCUCGUGGAGGGAGACGCGGGCAGGACGUCAACCUCUGAUUCCUUUCAGCACGAGUGCCACCGUUUCUUCUCUGAGAGCAUACUCCAGCAAGCUCGAAGCCCGCACAUCGCCCCUCUCACGCAGCAAGCUGCUGAUCAACGUCUACACGAGCCGACAACAAGCAGGAGAGGCGUGGCAGGUGCUGACCCUCUAGCUCGAGUCGUCGACUGGCUGUGCGAUCGUUGGCAAGUCCUCUGGGUGGAGCCCAAGAUGACGUUCAAGCCGAGCACAGGGUUUGCAACGAAGAUCGUCUCCUAUCCUCUCUUCUCAGGAACGAUCAGCCGGCAGUCUGAAGCAGACGCGCUGACCUCGCCAGUCAUGACAGCCUCGUUUUCAGUUACAAGCUUCUCCGGCAGUCGAACAGGACAGUUCAACUUGCACGCGAGUGGAGCGUCUGCAUUGGGAGGCAACGGGACAAACACCAACAUGCUUAUAGUACUGAGGGGAGCAGUCAUGGAGCCAGUGGUCAGCUACAUGCUCAACAACCGGAACUACACCAGCUCCUUCGUUCUCGACGCUCCCGGCAGGUCCAUCGUCCCGAACGUGUACGUGGGGAUGCUCAUCGAGCUCACCGACGAGUCGCCGCUGGACACGAGCUUCUCCUGCAUCCGCAGCACCGACAGGACCCUGGGGUCCAACCCGAGGUGCCCAAGGGUAGUCUCUCACUUCGACCCCCUCACAGGGAGGGUUGAAGUGCAUCCUGCCUGGCUGCUCCUCUCGACCAAGUCCAUCAACCAGGUGCCCUUCAGGAUCCGGCCCAUGGCGCAGGCGGGGGACCUGGUGACCGUGCGGGCAGACGCGGAGAGCAUACGGGUAGAGAUCCUUCCGGACUCCCUGACGUUCCUCUACAAGACCAAGACGGACCCCGGGCAGAUGAUGGUCGUCGAGUGCAGGAGGAGCAGCGGGAGCGGGGGGCAGGGUGAAAUUACUGCCCUUGCUCUGCCCCAGCUGUACAUGGAUGAAGGGUACUCCACCAUCAAGGCGCGCUGCAUGAUGGACGUCAACGAGACGGUAGUCAAGCAGAUCCCUGCCCAGCUGCUUCCCAGCUGCGGCCAGGUGUGCUCGUCGAACCUGUCCAUCGCCUCGUUCCUGGCGGACGGCCAUUUCAGCAGCAGCGUCGCCGCUCUUGACGCUGCUGCUGCUCCUUCCAACGGCUACUGCACUUGCGUGCUGAAUGUUGUGACCUCCCUUGUGAUCAACUUCACCCUUCCAGAGGCGAAUCCUGUAUGGGACCGAGGGCUGGAUGGGAGCGGCCAGAUCAUCGGACUGACUGAUACUGGGCUGGACGUCACCAACUGCCUGCUCAGCGAAGGGAACCCCUCAGACCCCAGCAACCUGACGCUUGCUCCUUCGACGGGAGCUGUUGACCUGAAGAGGAGGAAGGUGGUCGGGUACUCGAAGCUGCUCCCUGACGACUGUGCGCUGUGCGACGGCUGCCCGAAGCUGAUGCGAUGGGACAGCUACAACUUUUAUGGGGAUUUCUCCAAGCUGCCAGUUGGCUUCGUCUGGACAAGAGCAUAUCCGCACCGCUGCCCCGACAGCACCUACGAUCCCGCCCUCUCUUCCUGCUGCGGCUUUACCUCUGUCCCCACUGGCUCCUCCCACUCGGACCCCUGCUCCUCCUGCACCUGCCCCGACAUCAACGAUCUUUCAAACUGCUGCCUGGAGGCUCUCAACGAGUGUAAGGUCUGCUGCCAUGCCUGUGGGGCUGACGCCAGCCUAUGGCCGAGGAGGUACGACAGGUAUGGGGCUCAGGUGCAGUUCGGACUGUCGGCUCCGGCUCAGAUCCUGGUGCUCGUGCUCGUCAGGGACAAGUACAACGAGCUGGUGGUCUCCCAGGCUACGGACGUCUCCCCUUUCUUUCCCUUCUGUCUCAACCCCAACUGCGACAAGCCUGUCUACAGCCUCCAGCAGACGUUCCAACUCCCUCCCAGCAGGAACGGCUACGGAGUUGUCAUAGUCAACAAGCAGGGGAUGAAUCUUCAGCUGACUGGCGAGCUCGACGGGGGAGCAGGUUUCCAGUUCUUCACCGCGCGGCACCCGUGCGGGGACGCAGCAGACGACGACAACGGGCAUGGCUCGUUCUGCGGCUCCGUGGCCGCAGGCUCCGUCGACCCUGCGACCGGAAACGAGGCCGAGAAGAGGAUGGCCAGGCUGCACGAGGGGAUGGCGAGAGGGGCGAAGCUACAUGUGUUCGAUGUGUCGAGCGGCAGCACGGGAGGAAACAACUUCACCGUCCCCCUCGACCUCUAUGACGGGAUGCUGAAGCCUCUGUGGGACCAGGGGGUCAGGAUCUCCUCAAACUCCUGGUCGUGCUACUUCCCCAGGGUCGUCUGCUCCUCUACCUCCUGCUCCUACUCCACCUCCUCCUACUGCAACAAGUACUCCACCGCCGCCAUGGACAUAGAUCGGUUCGUCUACGACCACCAGGAAAUGCUCGUCCUCGUUCCCGCAGGAGAUGCUCGUUCCUUCACCGGCCCCGCCUCCUCCUCCUCCCUCCAGUCUCCUGCUACCUGCAAGAACUGUAUCGCCGUAGGAAGCAGCCAUAACUGGAACGCUCUCCUACGCCCUGCUACCUCCUACAUGGACCCCCUUGACAGCAUGUCGGCCCCUCUCUCCCAGCAGCGCCUCAUGUGUCCUCGCUCCUCCUGGCCUGACAAGAGCCUCUGGCCCUCGGACCCCAACGCUCCUGCGGUUUCCACCAACUCAACCGUCCCCGACCCUGUCUUCCCCGUCCCCAUGGACUGCUGCAAUUCAGACCCCAAGAGGAUAGCGCAAGUCCUCAGCGACAUCAGCUACUACUCCAGCAAGGGCCUUACCGACCUACUCCAGCAGCAGCAGCAGAAGCUCUUCCCCUGCAUCCCGCAGACAACCUGCUGCCUCUCCAACGCCUUCAAGUCUCCAGAGCUCUCCUUCUGCUGCCCCUCCUCCUUCCCCUUCCCCGACAAGCUCGGUGCCAGCUCCUAUGACAUUGACAAGGUCGUAGGCAGCUCAGCUCGGGGUCCUGCAGGGGAUGGGCUGGGGACUAGGAGGAUGAAGCCGGAUCUGGUAGCCCCCGGCGCCUUUCUGGUCGCCGCCAACGGCAGGAAGGUGACGAGCAGCUCACCACAGAGCCUCCCGCGGCACUGCAAGAUGAACUCGAGAAGGGACCAACCAUUCAACGAGGAAGACGCCUUAGUCGCCAUGAGCGGCACCUCAGUCUCCACCGCCAUGGUCGCAGGCAUGGCGGCGAUUCUUCGGCAGUACUUCAUGGAGGGUUGGUACCCCCUUGGCGACAAGGGGACGGGCAAGUCGCUGCAGCCCUCUGCCGCCCUCCUCAAGGCCAUGCUCAUAGCGUCCUCCUCCCCGCUCAACAGCCUCGGCUCCUCCUCCUCCGACCUCUGCAACUCAGUCUCCUCCUCCGGCCUCCUCCUUGCGACCUGCCUUCCCAACCCCGACGAGGGCUGGGGGCUCCCGUCGCUCCCUCGCGCGCUCUUCUUCAAGGACCGGGGCAGCAGCAUGCGGCUGUGGGUGGAGGACGAGCGGGUUGGACUGCACGAGACGGGGUCAGUGCACGAGUAUCAGUUCCAAAUCAACAUGACGGAGGAUGGGACGAGGCUGUCAGUAGCGCUGGUGUGGACCGAUCCUCCUCCUCCUCCAGCAGAUGCGGCGACAGCAGCAGCGGGAGGAGGAGCAGGGAUCUCGUUGCUGGUCAACGAUCUUGACCUCAACGUCUCCGACGCCUCCUCCAUCUCCUUCGUCAACGGCCUCGUCUGUCCCAUCGACCCCAUGACCGACUUGUAUCGUACCGACUGCCCCCGUCCCAUCCCCGACCGGGCCAACCCUCUCGAGGCGACUACCUUCCCCGUCAAACAUCGGCUCCAGUGCAACUAUGCUCGCGGCUCGGCGCUCGAGUACGGCAAGUGCAGCAAGGAGGACAGCUACGGCCUCCUCCUCUCCUCCUCCAUCGAUCGCUCCCCCGUCACCGUCACCAUCCGCCUGACCGCGAACAGGAUCGUCAACCCGUGCGUCUCAGAUGGCUACAACCAGGUCUGCUCUUCCCGUCCCCAGCCCUACGCCCUCGUCGUCAUGGGGCCUCUAGCAAGGAGACCGUCCGACGACAGCUUGCUUCCUCCUGUGUUCAAAGCGUACAAGGUUGAGAUUGUCGGCAACUCUUCCAACGUCACCAUGACCAUGUCCAGCUCGCCUCAGCGCCUCGUCCCGUCAUGGUUUGCCUUGAGCUCUGUAGUGACACUCGUGAUGAUGGUGGGAGGAGGAGGAUGGUAUUAG